GUGAUCCAACAGUUGCUGCUUCCAGCUGUAAAACACAUAACAUAAACGUGUGCCAGUUAUGCACGCAGUGCAAGUGUCAAACUGUAUUGUUUCCAAAGCAUCCUCACGAGAAGAAACAAAUAAAAAGGAGAUACGGACGUAAAAUCAUUGCUAGCAAAAUGGCUCCGGAAUUAUCGAAUUUUGAAACGGACUCAUCGGCACGCCAGCAAUACUCGGCGCACAAUCCGAUAGAGCAAUAUGUUUUACUCUCGAAAGGAGCGAAAGGGGCAGCUUGCAUCGAGUUGAUCAAACAGGUCUUGGAAGCACCGGGAGUUCACGUAUUUGGAGAGCUAUUGGCGAUGCCAAACAUUGAAGAGUUAAAAAAUGGUUCGAAUGCAAACUACUACAACACACUGAAUCUGUUCGCCUAUGGAACGUACCGUCAAUAUCUUGAGAACCAGGCCAAACUGAUUCCGCUUACUCCGGCAAUGCAAAAAAAGUUGCAGCACCUCACAGUGGUGUCUUUGGCGAUCAAAAGCAAAUGCAUUCCUUACAAUGAACUGCUCGAUGAGCUGGACAUAAAAAAUGUACGUGUGUUAGAGGAUUUGAUAAUCGAAGCCAUCUACGCCGAUGUCAUACACGGUAAGCUUGAUCAAAAGAACAAACAGCUGGAAGUGGAUUACGCUAUCGGGCGCGAUAUUCGCAAGGGCGAUAUAAAGGAAAUUGCCUCCACCCUGCAAGAAUGGAGUGAUUCGUGUGAAACAAUACUGCUCUGUCUUGAGACACAAAUUAAUCGAGCCAACACGGAAAAGCAGAAGCGUAUUAAGCAUAAGGAAGCGAUCGAACAAGAGAUUUCUAAUCUCAAGAAAACGAUAAAGACUCAAUCGGCGGAAUCAGACGAAGCAAUGGCCACAGACGGCUGUCGGGAUAUGGCGGGCGGACUCGAUCUGCGGAAAAAACCAACGAAAUCCAAGAGCCUUAAAGGUUGCGGCAAGUCAGUAUCGAAAUGAUUGGCUUAACACUACCAAGAAGACACAGGCGCCACAGACUGCCAGCCGAAGGGCAGUUUUGGGAUGUUAAAUCAUUAGUUUCUUUUUAUGUUAUUUUCCGUUUAUUUAUUCGGCGUUUAAAGAGGAAAGGCUGCACACGUCGUGUCGUUUCUUGCUUUUUAUAUCUGUACUAAGAAUUGUGAUGCAAAACACGAAUAAAUGAUCGUCGAUUUUUUUUUAAAUUGAA